AUGACCGAGGUGGAGUCGGCGACCGGCACAGACGCCAUCGUCGUCGCCGUGUUUCUCAGCAUCGCCAUCUACAACUUCAUCGAGCUCAACUUUAUUAUUUUCGCGACAUUCAAGCGAAAGGGUGGUCUCUACUUUUGGAGCUUCAUCGUUGCAACAUGGGGCAUACCGCCUUAUUCUAUCGGAUUUCUUCUGAAGAAUUUUCUUCCCAACACCAACAGCUACAUUUACGUCACGCUGAUCGUGGUGGGAUGGUGGCCUUUAGUAACGGGGCAAUCCAUGGUGUUGUACUCGCGGUUGCAUCUUGUUUUACGGAAGCCAGCCUGGUUGAAAGCGGUCUUGAUUAUGAUCAUUGUCAAUGCGGUCAUUUGCUACGUUCCAACUACCAUCAUGGUCUACGGCGCCAAUUCUUCCAACCCAGGUCCUUUCCUCACGCCGUACUCGAUAUAUGAGAAGAUCCAGGUCACCAUCUUCUUCAUCCAAGAGAUGAUCAUAUCUGGACUAUACAUCUACUCGACCACCAAGAUAUUGCGGAUCGACGCCAUCACAGGGAGGAACGAGUCUCGCGACGUCAUGCGGCACCUCAUCGCAGUGAGCGUUAUCGUCGUCAUUCUCGACAUCACCAUUCUCGCAUUCGAAUACGCAAACCUCUACUACCUACAAACAAGUUACAAGGUUUUGGCUUACAGCGUGAAGCUAAAGAUCGAGUUCAGCAUCCUCAACCGGUUGAUAGUCGUCACCCAAGGUCGCAAGUGUAGUUCA